CAACACAGUGAAUAUACGCAGAGUUGUGCCAGUAUGAAAGGGCACAGCUGAGGACAUUUAUUGUACACUGUACACACUCUGCUGGGUUCUUCAUUGUAAAGCAAUAUGCUGCACUAGCUGUCUUCAGUACAGCCCUGCUACAGGUUGAUCUCGUGCUGUGGUUGGAGACUAUAUGGCUUCAGGUGGAGCCGAGGAAGACGAUGGAGGAAUUCCAUUGGACAUUGACAACGUGCACAUGCUCCUCCAAGUGGAGCAUGAACAGAUUCAGAAAAGGACAUUCACCAACUGGAUAAAUGCUCAACUCUCAAAGAUAUGCCCUCCCUCAUUUGUGUCAGACCUAUUCUCUGACCUCAGGGAUGGGUCACAGCUGCUCAACCUGCUGGAGGUGAUGAGUGGCCAACCUAUGAAAAGACAAAGGGGCCGUGGGUUUUUCCAGCAGAGGGCCAACAUUGAGACAGCACUCAACUUUCUAAAGAAAAAAUCAAUCAAACUGGUGAACAUAAACGUCUCAGAUAUCAUUGAUGGACGGCCCUCCAUCAUCCUUGGACUCAUAUGGACCAUCAUCCUCCACUGUCAUAUUGAGGAGCUGGCCUGCACUCUCUCCUUCAGCUCUUGUCAUUCCUCCCUCGACUCUCUGACCAGCUUGGACUCCUGGUCUGGCAGCCCAGUCCCAGCGAGUCCGGUCCCUGCAGGCCGGACAUCGCCCCUCCACAGACGCUUCCGAGUAUCCGCCAAGAAGACCCUGCUUAUGUGGGUCAGGGACCAAUGCAAAAAGGUUGGUUGCUCUGUCAGUAUGAGGGAUUUUAAGUCAAGCUGGAGAAGUGGAGAGGCCUUCUUGGCCAUCCUGUGCUCUCUCAGACCACAGCUGGUGGAUCUCUCACUGGUCCGGUCCAGAAGCAACCAGGAGAACCUGGAAGAGGCGUUUCUCCUGGCCGAGCAAGAGCUCCACAUCCCCCGCCUGCUAGAGCCCCAGGAUGUUGAUGUUAAAGACCCUGAUGAGAAGUCUAUUAUGACUUACGUGGCCCAGUUUCUGCAGUACUCCAAUGACAUGCCAGCACCUGAUGACCAUCUGCAGCUGUUUCCUCUGGUCCAGCCUUCUUCUCUCUCGCCUGUGAACUUGCCUGCUCACUUCACUCCAGCAGUUUCUGUCUCACCGCUACGUCAGGUCUCUCCAAGUGAGCGAGCACUAGAGGUGACUUGCUGGCUGCAGCAAGCCUACCAGGAACUGUCAGAGUCACAGACAGCUACAGAGAAAUCAAGCUUUGCAGAAAAAUAUCAGAUGUUUCAGAACCUUGCUGACUCCUUCACUGAGCAAAGGAGACCAGUGAUGACCCUCCUUGCUGCCAUAAGACGCCGCCCUGAGCUGAGCCAAGAGCAGUGUGCUCUCAGGACAGCGUGGGAUCGUCUGGAGGAGGAGCUGCAGAGACGUAAAGCAGACCUGGACUCGAGUCUUCCUCCUCCUCUGGACUCAGUUGUUGUGUGGCUGCAGCGUGCGGAGGCAGCACUACACGAAGAGGGAGGAAGAGGGAAAGAUCAUGCAGAUGCUGCUAAAGAAGCAAGAGCUCAACAAGACACACUAAAGACUUUAAUUAAGGAGAUGAACCACCAUGUCAAUGUCCUUGAUACCUACCACAACACUGAUGACUCGGGGAACGUAGUAGUGCCCAUUGAAAAGUUUGAUGAGAUAACAAGACGUUUAACCAAUAUUCGAGUCACAGCCAAGUAUCAAGGGAUCAAGUUGGAAUACCAGGAAUCCCGUCACACUGUUCUGGAUCUCCUGGACCGCAUCAGUGCAAAGGUUCAGACCUGGAAAGCUCCCUACAGAUCCCAGGAGACAGUUCUUGUGCUUCUGCAGGACUGGCAUGAGACCGUGGAGCGCCAAGGCCUGCUUUUGAUUCUGAUGGAUGCUGUCCAAAACCUGAAGGAGAAGGCAAAUGUUUACACCGGCAAGGCAGCGCUAGGUGAAGAUUCCCAGCAUGUUACUCGUCAGGUGAAAGAAGCAGGAAGUGAAGCUGAAUUGGUUGCACAGGCUGUGACGGCUGUGAAAGGGACGAUGGAGAGAGUGGUGUCUGCGUGGGAGACUUACAACAACUGCCUGACUUCUCUACAGACAUGGCUGGCACAGAAGAUACAGUCAGACGCCCAGUCUUCAUCUGUGGGGACGCAGGAUAUGAGUGAGUGGACAUCAUGUCAGGCUAAGUUAAACGAGGCGGGGAACUGGCUCAUCGAAGUGACAGAAUCUUCAAUCAGUCUCGCUCUGGCCGAGCAACUCAGCAAGGUCAACAUGCAGUGGGCUGAAUACAUGAAGAGGACAAUGUUUGAACUAUCCUCGGAGCCCAGUGUUGGUCCACUGUGUCUUCAAAUGGUGCAUUCACUGACCCAGGAAGCCAGCCUGCUACUGAGGCAGCCACUGGAGGUGGCCUCAGCCGCACUGAAGGCUAAAAGACAGAAACUACAGCUCCUGAGUAAAAAGAUGGCAGACGUGGACCUUUCAUCUCUUAGUCCAUCUCCAGACUUUCAAACAAGCAACAUAGAGAAGCUCCAGCAAACUCUCCCACAGAUGCUUGGUGAAGCAGAGAGGACCUGUGGAGAACUGCAGCGGGCUGCAUCCAGGCUGGAGGGCCGUCUAGCUGAGCUGGACCACUGGGGCACAAAGGCCCUGGACUGUCAACAGCACCUAAAGGAGAAAAAGCCCAGAGGACGUUCUUCAUUGGAACCUGCAGCCAAAGUGUUGGUCUCUCGAGGGUUGCAGUUAGAGGGCCAGGUUGUAGCUGAGGGACAGGAUCUGCAGGACCUUGUGGCACGAGUACAGAAAACCUCUCCUCUGCAGCACCUCAGUACCACUGGCCUUCAGGACAGGAUCUCAGAGGCUGUAUCCCACUGCCAGGAGAUUCUUGGAAUGUUUAGUUCACUUGGGUUUCUGCAGCGUGUUGAAACAGCCCAUCAGAGGCAGCCAGAGGAAGGGUUAUUUGUUGUGGCCAGAACCAAACAUGUUGACCAGACUGGGAAUGUUCUGCUGCAAACCCAGGACCCAAAUCACCUUUCACCUGGGGUUCCAUCUCAGAUGUCUCAACAAAGGACAAAAAGUCUCCAGGAUUGGCCUAAAAACCAGCACAUGAACACUCAAGAUGAAGCCACCAUUGUUAUACCCCAUGUCAAAAUACAGAUGCUGCCUCAGCCUUUGAGGGGACCAGUACCUCAUAUUCACUCUAGUCUACUAAGUCCACUUCCAGAGGACAAGGAAAGCUCAUCCCCUUCACAAACUCAUAUAUCGAAAUCCAGAAUAAGAGGGCAACCAAACACUCUACAGAGUAAUAAAACAUCUCCACAGCCACCAGUGAUGGUCCGCAGUGAGGUUCACUCAAAAGCCCAGUCAAUGGCGAGAAGCAGACUGGAGAAGGCCAGGUUUCGUCUGCAUGGACGCAUUCAGCAAGCCAUCAAGUUAUUUGGUGGAAAAGAGUUUUCAGAGUCGCAAGCCAAAAGAAAACAGAGAGCUUUAAAGAUUCUGCAGCCUGCUGUCCUGGAGGAGUUCCUGAGUGCAGUCGAGGGUUUUGGGGCCUUUUGCACUGGGCCCCAACUCCAGGACUUGAUGCUCCUCUCUGACUCAGUCAGAGGGCAGUGGGAGGCUGUCAUGGAUGGAGAUGCGUCUGUUGAGGAACAUGUUGAAUCGCUCCAAGAGCUGUGUGAAACACUAACACCAAUAAAAUCCUCCAGCCUGGAAACAGACCAGCUGAGGGAGUCAGAUGAAGCACAGGAAACACAACCCAGUGACACAGUGCUCCAAUUUGACUGCAGGGGACAGCAGCUCCGGGGAAACACCCCACUGAGAGCGACUGGCGUGUCGGCAGACACACAGCGGAGAAACAAUCUCCCACAGAAACACAGUCAACAACAAGACCUCUCACCUGUGGGCAGUGCUGUGUCAGUGCAGCAUCAGGGAGAUGUCCUUCAGCUGGGAGCUCAGGAUGUCCCAAUGGAGAGUGAGGAUGACCUGACACAGCGUAGAGGCCGUGGGUCGGAGAAAAAUCUCAAGUCAUCACUACGAGCCAAAGAGCACCCGCUGAAAGCUCGUCUACUGCACAUCACAGAUAGAAAGCAGCGAACCCAAACUCAUACACAGGCAGUUGUCAGGGGCAACACUGUAGAGACCAAGCAGGAGGCAGAGUGGACCGUCAUUGCAGAGGCAGCCACCCCACCGCAGGAAGAGCACUCAGCCGAACAGGAAGUACUUGAAAGGUACAGAAAGUCCUGCUUGCUAUUUCAAACUCAACUUCAGAAGAACAAGAAACUUUUGGAGGAGUUUAUCCUACACCCAGUCACCAUUUCCACCCUACUGAAGCAAAAGAAGCAACUACUGACUCUAAAACAGGAGACAGAGGCAGUAUGGUUUGAGUUUGAGUUCCAGUAUGCCCAGCUAUCCCAGCGUUCCCAUAUGAAGACCAGGGAAGAUGAGUGUGAAGUGAAAAAAGACUGGGAGCAGCUGACUCAGCAGUGGAGAGGCCAACAAAUGUGCCUACAGAGCAGGCUGACAUCUCUAGACAAUACUGCAGUACUGAUGAAGUCUGCAGAUGACCAGAUGGCACUGACCACAGAAAAACUGGACCGCAUCCUCAAAGAGUCUGUGGACAUCUCCUCCUUCACCUUAGCCGAUCGUAGACUGUUAUCUGAUUUAAAGGAGAUGGAUGACAGCCUGCAGUCUGAAAUGAGAAAGCUAUCAGAACGAGGCACUGAAGAGGAAAGACAAGGGCCUGGAGCCACAUCCCCUUCACCCCUCUGCCAGGCUCUGCACAACAGUGUCCAUCAUCUCGAACAGCUCAGACAGCGGCUGGAGAAGGUUCAGUCGGCUGCCCGGGCCCUGGAUCACUUCCUAGCCACAGUGAGGGAAGUCAAGGCCGAGAUCCCAACGCUGCUGGCAAACCAGGACCCCAGCAGACAGCAGAAUGAGGCAGACUGGGAGCAGGAGAAACACUCUUGGCAGGCAGCAAUUCAGCAAAAGUUGCAGACUGUUGCGGAACAAUCUGAUAGUGUUGACAGCACUUUAAAGGCAGUGGGGAUGACUCUGACCAUGGAUGGUGCAACAGUGGCGUGCCAGGAUGUGGUGACAUCAUUGUCUCGGCAAACUGUUGAUGUGGAGAAAGAGCUGAUGAGAGCCAGGAAGAGAGAGAAGGGAGAGAUGGGAAAGGAGCAAAUCCAGGAGAAUGAUCAGUUGAAUCCUGUGGAGAUAUGUCAGGAGACAAAGACUGAUUCACCACAGGAGCAAAAGCAUCCCACUCCAAGUAGGACGGAAGAGGAGUCAGGGAUGGAAGCCAAAAGGAGUAGGCUGGAAGAAGAAAAUGAUAGAAAGGCACAAAGGGAGGAAGAGCACAAGGAUCAAAUGUGGAAGUCUGAAGAGGAUGUCUUAAAAGCCAAGGAUGAGAGAAGAAAAGGAAGCAGCAAGGUUAAAAAAAAGGGAGAAGAGAAGGAGAGUUUGGCCCAGAGGAGAAUUGCUUUGCUAGCCGCACUGAGGGAGAUAAGGGGAGCAGUGAAGCAGCUGGGGUUACACGAGCCCACCCUGCCUGCUUUACAACAGAGGACGCGUGCCUUGACAGAGCUGGAAAGUAAUCUUGCCCGACAUCUCGCUGAGCUGCAGCACAUACAGGAUGCAUCUUCACAAUCAGGAAUAUCUGAUGUGAGUCACACCAGAGAGGUGAAGGAUGUCUGGGAGGAGGCGACAAAAGCUUUAACUGAACGGCUGGAGCAGUGUAAUGUCCUAACGGAGCUGCUGAAGAGGUUUCAGAGCAUUCAUGUUGAGCUGAGUGGGACUUUGCAGAGGGCAGAAAGCACCAUCAGUGAACAAGCCUCCUACAUGGGAAAAAGCAACCUGCAGAGACUGCAUACUAAGGUUCAGGAAACAAAAGCAGAGCUGAAUGGGCUUAACAACGGCAUAGAGGAGGUCCGCAGUGUCUGCAGGCAGAUUCACACUCAUCUACGUCAGAUCCCAGAAUGCACCCUCAUCCCAUAUGAGAGUGAAGCAGAUGCUCUCAUGGACCGCUGGCUGGAUAUAUCAGAAAGAACAGAUUCCCACAUUGAAAACUUACACCUUGGCCUGAGUCUGUGGGAUGGCGUCCUCAAGCUUGGAGCAGAGGUAGAGAGCUGGACCACCAAUAAACUAGCAGUAUUUGCUCAGUCUCCAUCCUUUCAAACAGAGGAAGACAUCAGGACCUUGCAGAAUGAGAUUGUGUCCCAAGAGCAGAACAUGGAGCGUUUCCACCAAAGAGCCACUGAGAUUCAGGCACUGCUUCAAAGCCCAGAGCCUCCUGUGGAGCUGCAGGUUGUGGAGACCCAGACGAGGAAGAAGAUACAGCAGCUGAAGGAGCUUAGUUCUGAAGCUGAGGAUGUUUAUAGGCAGAUAGUGGCUACUAAAGGACAACUUACUGCCAGGAUGGCUGAAUGCUUUAACUCCCUCCAGAAGAUUCAGGAGUCCCUCCUCACACUCAGUGGUUCAGAUGUUGCAACAGUCCUGGCAAAACUAAAGGAUCUACUUUUUGAGCUCCAGACCCAGGAUGAGCAGGCAGAGAGUCUGCUGGAGGAUCUGCGUGUCAUGUCCUCCAUAGUGAGUUCAUCCAGCCUGCAGAGUUUGUCUGUAGAUGGGAAUCAGCUGCGGGAUAAAGUCAGAAACAUGCAUCAGCUCUUCUCUGAGGUGGAGGAACAAACUGAGAGGAAUAUCCAGGACCUUGACAGGCUGCAAAGGGAGAGUGAGCAUUUGGAACAAUGGUUGCAAGCUGUUGAAGAAAAAGCAGCGAAGGAGGAGGAUCUUAGUCUCCUACAGGAGGAAGCACUUCAACAAAGGGUGAGAACAGAGGAAAUCAGUCAGCUUGUGUCAUCCUUACAACGCAGCACACUUCAACAGUCUGCUCUGGUGGAAGAGAGCAACAAACUGCUGGAACGAUACAACAACUUUCAAACCAACAUACUGCGUGGCUCCAAAGAGAAGAAGAGCUCUCUGAGCAGAGACAUUGAGGCUGUGGUGAGUGCAACAGAAGAAGGGGUGGCUCACCUUGAGGAGUUUAGAGUUAAUGGAAAUAGUCUGAGCCACAGACUGUGUGAUGGAAGCCUGAAACAGGACAUUCAGCAAACGGAGGAGCAGUCGAGGGACCUUCUCCACUCAGUUCAGCCUCAUCAUAGUGUCACCCCCUGCUACCUGGCCCAAAGACAGCAGGCCUGCAGCAGAGUGGAGGAGCUGAAGCAAAGAAUUGCUCAGCUCCCCACUUUAUUCCCCUGGCCUGGCUCAACUGAGCGCAGACAAAUCUGCCUUCAAGUCAGUCAACUGCAGGAGGAGACUGAAUCCCUGCAACUGACUCUUACCAGCCUGGCUGAACAGAGGAGGGAGCUUUCUUUGGAUGAGCUGGAGACCUGCUGGUCCUCACUAAUGACAGAGCUGAAGGGUGUGUGUUCCCGCCUCGAGGAAGGUGUGUGUAAUGAGGAACAUUUUGGCCAGUUACUGCAGGACUGCCACCAUAAAUUGACAUCCCUGCAGGAAAGGAUGUCAGCGUGUCAGGCCCAGAAGGAAAGCUCAGCUGGACUGAUAACUGAUGUACCAGCUCUGGAGGCUUUGCUACAAGAAGUGACAGAGAUAGAAAAAAACCUUUUACAGAUUGUAACACUUAAGGACUCUAUCACAGCCAGUUCCACGGCCGAGGCCCAGGCCAGCCUCUCCCAGCAAGUGGGCAACCUCCAAAACCACAAGAGGGCACUAGACAGUAGCAUCAGAGAAAAUCUGGCACUGCUCACAGAAACCGGCAACCAGAGAGUUGAACAAGUGGAGGAAGAGGUCUCCUGUGUACAGAUAGCAAUAAAAGACCUGGCUGAAAAUUUGGGAAAUCUGUGUGAGAACCGUGAAGUUUUGCCUGAUAUCAGCCAGCUCAAACUGCAGUGGUAUACACUACAGGAUUGUGAUACCAGGCUAACAGAAUUGUCUAUGAGAGUCAACAACCUGCAGAAGACUGGAGAGUCGAGCAUCACACAAGAAACGCCCCCCAGAGGUGUCCUUUUGACUGUUGAUGCAGUUGCUAAAGACCUUGACAGCCUCAGGUCUAGUUUUCUACAAAAGAAGCAGCAGUGUGUAGAAAACACUGCUAACAGGGUGAGACAGGUCAUCAGCCAGCUGCAGGAUUGGAGCCAAACAGUACAAGCUGAACCGUCAUCACCCAGCCAGGCAGCUCUGGAUGAAGGUUUGUGCCAUCAGCAAGCUGUUCGUGAAGUGCUCUCAGAACAAGAUUUUCUUGUAAUCUGUCUGGGAACAAAUGUGACAAAGAAACUGGAGAAAAGUGCUUCAGACGCCCUGAAUGAAAGCACACCUACACUUAAAACCGUAUCUAAAUGCCUGGUUUCACAGGUGAGUCGUGGCCAUUGUGACGUGGAAUUGGAAGUCGUUUUUAGAAGUGAAAGUGAUGCACCACAUUUAGCUUCACCUGAUGAAACUCUGGCCAUGUGUCCUCCUGCUUCUCCUUUCUUUUCUGCAACAGAAAACAAGGAAAACUCUGAAAGUGAUCAGAAUGACAAUAAAAUGAAAACCAAAGGUACACUGGAAACAACCAAAGAAGAUGCCUUUGUUCCGCAUCAAUGUAUAGAAAUCCCUGAUGUUUUUAAAUCAAAAAUCCAACAAGAAUCACAUCAAUUAACAUCAACUCCACCAAAAAUAAACUUGGAGACUUGUCUCUGGCCAAAGGAUGAUACAGGCACACUGAACACUGAUCCUUUAAGCAAUGGGCACAGGACACUUUCUGGGAAUAACACAGAGCCUUUAAUGUCAGACUCACUUCCUCCUUCCAUCAAGAGUUUAACAGCCCGGCAAGAGAGCACUCAACAAUUGCAGGAAGACACUACCUCAACCCAAGACUUAAAAUUGUCAGCUAUAGGCACAGUCAAUACCAAAGAAAUCAUUUCAGCACACUGUGUCGCAUCCCUGGUUGCAUCCUCAGCAACAAAGCCAGACAACUUCCCCCUUUCUACCCCUGAAAAUGCAUCUGAACAUCUAGCAGUACAAUCAGAGACAUUUAAGGCCGUUAGCGAUGCUAAAGAACAACAGAAACACAGUGAGGACACCAGUUUAACCCCAGAGAAAGUGUUUUCAAAAGUGUUGGACAUGGAGCCACAGGACAUGCAUAAAGUGGAAAAUGUUGGUCCGUCCUACGCACUCAGUUGUUCUCAGGGAGCAGAACUGUACAAUGCACAAUCAGGGAUGUUUAAGGCUGUUACGGAUGCUCAAGAAAAGGAGAAAUCUUGUGAGAAUAUCAGUGUGAGACCAGAUAAAGUGUUUACAAUAUUCUUGGACAUGGAGGUGCCUGAGUUUCAGCCACAGGACAUGCAGCAAAGGGAAAAUGUUGGUGCCAGAGGUCUUGGUGUAAUCAUAUGUUCACAGGGGGAAGAGGUUUGCGAUGCAAAGCCUACUGAAGAUUCAAGUAUAGGAUUUCCUGAGAAUAAAUCUGGACUCACAACAUUAAUCAGUCCUGAAUCAGACGAAACAAACUUGAAAUACCAUGGUUUAAAGAGUGAUUUAAAUGCGUCUCAAGUGGCAGAAAACCCUCUGGCGUUAGGGAGUAUGGAAUCGGAGGAGGUAAAAUGUACAAAUGUCAAAAUAUCAUGCAAAAAAACCUCAGAAACCAAUGAGUUAAUGCACAAUAAGGAGUUGAAUUCCUCCAAAUCAUAUAAUAAUGUCACUGAAUGUCAGCCCACUGGUGCGCAUGCAGCAGAAACAUUUCUGGAUGUCAAACAAGAGGAGAUGACAGAUUUCUGUCACACCGAAGAGCAAACAAUGAGUUCAGUCUUGUGCACUGUGGACCGAGAUACCUUAACUGAAACACAAAUACCUGCUGGUGACAACAAACAGCUGACUGUUGCUGACACUGCACAGAGCACAGGUACAGGACAUUUGGAGAUGGCAGAGGGAGAAAUCACAGAAGAAGCAAGUGACCUUGAACACCCAGAGUCUAGACAAACAAAAGUGCCAGAAAGACAAGCCAAAGCUACGCUGCCAAUAGAAGAAAGGGAACUGAAUGUACCUGCAUCGCUGGAGGACACAGAGGUGACACAGGGACAGCCUCAGAUCCAAGACAGCAUGGAGUCUGAGAGGACAGCUCCGGGUUUGGCAGCUGAUCUGCAGGCCGGGGACACGGCAGGUAGAUCACCAGAGACCUACAAACACAAGUGCAGCAUGCAGGAUAUUUUGUCUGAGGUCCAGAGCUGGGUGGAGAGAAGUAACAUAAUAAACCGGACACCACACAUUGAUUUAACCUGGUACUUAAAGUCCUCUCCUGGCGAACCAGAGAUUCGACUGCUCCGGACUGUCCAAAAAGUUCUGGCAUGUCGCUAUCAACCUGCACAGCUCGAUGUCACCGCAAUGGCCAGACAAUUGCAAGAGGCAGAGGACUACAGGCGCUGCGUUCAGGAGCAAGUGGAUACUAUGAAAAGCACGAGUUCUGUGAGCAUUUGUGAACCAGAUGCCUUAAAAAGUGUUGAAGGACAGUGGAGUGCUGCACUGCUGGAUGCCUCUGCCACAGUGCAAGUCAAAGCAGCACAGCUGGAUCAGGUCAAACAGUAUCAUAAACAGAUGAAGAUCAUCAGAGCUUUCCUGGAGGUUCUAGCUGUUGAGAAGGACAAAAUGAGCUUAAAUAAUUUGGGAAGCAGUGCCCUUCAAGCUGACAAACUCCAUGCCCUACUGCAAACCAUGGUGCACAAAAAGAACAUGAUGGAAGAGCUCCUCCAGUUAAGUAGCCAGUUGUCGGUCCACUUGAGCGACGCAGAGAGUUCAGGUGCUCUUCUUGCCCAGCUUGGAGAUGUCCAGGAGCAAUGGAGGCUUUUAGAAGGAAGUAUCAAAAGAGCUCUGCAGCAUGCCUUAAACUCCACCUCUCAAUCCUCCCUUCUUAUAAAAGAGGCUGAACAGUUUAAAGCCAAGCUUGAAGCUCUUCAACAAUCCAACUUUCAAAGCCAUGACAGCAAAAGCUCUUUAGAACUUGUUUGUGUGACCACAGACCUAAAACUGUACAACCAACUUUACAUGCACUUACAGUCCCAGUCAGAUGCUCUUGUCCAUUUCUCUCUGGGUCAGAAAGAGAAGGAUGAGAUCAAACAUAGUCUUCGAGAAUUGGGGUCCUUGCUAAAUGUUACCAAGAGCAAGCAUGACAUUUCCACAUCCAGCUGUGGUGGCAUUUCUUCAGCUAAGAUCAACAAGCAAUUACAAGACUUGAUCAUAUGGGCCAAGCAAGCAGAAAACCACAUCUCUAAUGGGAAAAAGUUAGCUCUUUUCCCAGAGGAGGCUCGUAUUCAGAUUGUUGAGAUGAAGAAAUUUCGGACUGAUAUUUGGUCUAGAAGGUCCAAGAUGCGGGUAGAAGUUGAGCAGAUGAAAGGUGUAGGCUCUGAUAUGGAAAAGGAGGAAAGUGACCAAGUAUUAAAGACAAUAGAAGACUUGUAUGAAGCCAUUUCUGACAGUUUGGAUCAUGUUCUUGACAACAUGAAGAAAAAUCUGCAGGAGAGGGAAAAGCUGUUAUCCCAGCUUGCAAGCAUGGAUGCCUGGCUAGCAGAAACACAUGCUAAAAGAGACCCCUGCGCCCAUGUUAAAAAUGUUUCAAAAGCUGACAGCAGAAAGCUGGAGAGCGAGCUGAAAAUUCACAAGUUAGCCACAGUGGAGAUAGAGAGCCAACUGAAACAGCUGGAAGCAAUGGUAGACAGUUACAGGGAGAUAGCCAUAGGGUUGAGUCCAGGAGAGAGCCGCUACCUUGUCAACAGACUUUCGGGCCUCUGGACAGAAUUAGAUGGAUUGCUAGCUCAUGAGAAGGCAACCAGCUGGGAAUUAGAGGAGCUGAUUCAUGAGAGAACCACGUCAGAUGAGGAGUUAUCAACCAUCCAGGCUAGUUUACAGCAAAUUUCCACUGAUCUGCAGCAGCAGAGGUUUCCUUUAACACUGGAAACCCUUUCAACAAUUGCCCGUUUGAAGCACAUGCUAAUGGAGCAUCAGUGUGAAGUACAAGAGCUUCAGCACUGCCAGGAGGCCAAGCGAAGCUCCCUACUGUGCACCAUUGGGGAACUGCAAGACCAGUGCAAAGCUCUUAGUAUUAAUGCCUUUGAGCAAGACAAAUAUCUGCACCUGAAGAGACAAAUGGAGGAAUCUAGGGACAUUGCCAAAGAGCAAAUCCAGCGUGCCAAAGAUAAAACAGUCAGUAUGGGUGAGAGGUUUAGACUAUGCCAAACACUUUUGGUUGAACUUCCUUUGGUAAAGACUCAGUGUCAAGAGGCAGCGGACCAGUUAGAGGCCAUAGCCCAGGAGUUGUACCCAUCAGAGCUUAAUUCAGAGAGGCAGAGAAUUUGCUGCACUGUGGAAACUUUAGUCUCCUGGGAGUAUUCUGUCACAGAUGAUAUCAAAUACCUAGAGGCUAAGCUUCUGUUGGGUCUGCGUUUUUCCUCUGAGCUUCCUGCCUUAAUGGAACUUUUCCAAAUAACAAGAGUGGAGCUAGAGGGUGCUGAACCAGUUAAUCCAGAUGAAAAAGCCAUAGAUAUUGCACUACGAAGGUGCUGGGUAAUUUGGAGAAAUAUGGAGUCUGGAAUGAGGGUGUUGGAAGGUCUGGGACGGAAAGAAAAAAUUAACCUGAAGAACUACAAGGAACUUUACUCCCUUAAGGAUGCAGCCAAGCAAGAGUGCCAUUUACGAAUGGAGAGUUUAUCCCAGGCGAGAGAAUCCUUGAAAGAUUACCAGUGGGCUGCUCAGGGAGCAAUUGGCUUUCUUCAUAAUGCUGAAGCCACGUUCUUAUCAGCUCCUGGAGGGUUUUUGGACUGCACUGAGGAACAGAGACAGACUCAGCAGGCUUUAGAAGCUCUUGAAGAGGGAUUUCAGGCUCAUAUCUGUCACCUUGGGGAAUUGGUGCCCCAACAACCUUGCCUGUCCCGCCCAAAGACUGAGCAGCUCCACAUCAGCAUCCUCAGUCAGUUGCUGGUGGGAAGAGCCAUACUGGAGGCGCAAGCCCAGCUCAGGCUGGAGUCCUUGCAGAGGUGUGAAAUAAGAAAACAAAGCCACAGGAAGUGUCAUGAAGACGUACGUCAACGUCUUUCAGGGUUUGAAGCUAAGCUUUCAGAAUGCACUGCAGAACAAGUGACGUCAUAUGACAAAUGUGUUGCCCAACAAAAAAGAGCUACGCUUCUAAUGGAAGAUCUUCGCUGCCUCGCUGGUAAGAUAGAAGAACUGAGAGCUGGAUGCCCGAUGCAGGGCUGUGGGGUUGGAAAGGAUGGCGAGCUAGGUGCCCUCUGGAGACGCUGGGUAUCAUUACGACGUGGUGUCGGCCUCCUGAUGGCACACACAGAGCAGAGAGGAGAAGAAUGGAAGGACGUAACUACAAGUAUGGAGCAGUGUUGCAGCUUUUUGGCCAGUCUUCAGGCUGACGUCCCCGACUCCUCCACUGUGAGCUUCACUCAAGAAGAACCCCUGGAGCUUCUGGCUCAGGCUGAGAUACACCAGGCUGGACUGGAACAGGAGCAGCAGGCCUUAGCUUCCCUGGAGCAUCGACUGGAGCAUGCCCUGAACUUAUCUAGUUGCGAGGAUCCCAUCAGCCCUGGACCUGUUGGCAAAACACUUGUGAAGAUCCAGGAGAACGUCAGGAGCUUGCAAGAGAGAAACCUGCUGGUGGUAGCUGCAGCCCAGGCAGAAGAGAAAAAGAGAAGCCAAUUCCAAGAGGAGAUAGGAGAGGUGGAGCAACACAUGUUUUUCAUUCUUACCUCACUGGAAGCCUGUUCCGAUCCAUCCAUCCAACAGGAGCACAGAAACGAUUUGUCCUCCCAGAAGGCCAAACUAAAGCGUAUCGUGGACGGUGUGCAGAGCCAGUAUGCUGAGAUACCAGCUGAUAUCAGCAGAAGGUUACAAGAAGUUCGACUGUCUUUACAAAGAGAGGAGGAGAAGCUCAUGGAAAGCCCAGUUCGGAAGCUGGAUAGUCAAGUGGUGGAGUUGGCUACUGGACUGGAGAAAGUGAAAGCGUUACUGGAACAAAGGAGUCCAACAGUCAAUGAAGCACAAAAUUUACUCAAGCGCGUGUGGGAUGAGCUGGAUGCAUGGCACAGUCGCUUGAUGCUCCUGGAGAAUGAGGUUCAGGAUCUUGCGGAGGAUCAUCCAGAUCAAGCCCACCUACUCAUGGACCAACUCACCCAACCACUGCAGCUCUACCAAAACGCAGCACAGAUGGCCGAGCAACGCACCGCCUUCCUCAGCAAGAUCCCUGCCUGUCUUCAGGAGUUUGAAGACAUUGUGUACGGUGCCACCUGCUGGUUAGACGAGGCCCAGUCAUGGCUCACUGCUCCCUGCUCAUUCACAACAGCCAGAAGCCUCCAGAAUCAUGCAAACUCCCUGCAGCUGGUCCUGGAUGACUCUGAGAGGAUCAGACACGCCCUGCAGGACUUCAGGCCAGUCCUUGAUGAGAUCUCUGCUGUGUGUGAUAUGAGCACACAGGAGGAGAAGCUGGACCAGAAUGACCAACAAGUCCACAAAAUGCAACUCAAGAUCCUAGAGCCACUGGAUCAGCUCCUGCAGGCUGUCCCGGUGGUGGAGGCAAUAGAAGUGGAGCUAAAGACGAUGGAGAAGAAUGUCCUGAAGAUCAGAGCAAUUUUAUGCUCCUUGGAUAACUCUAACAUCACUCUAACGGAGCAUCUUCAAAACCGACAGGUGAUCUUGGCCAACGUGCAGUCGAUGCGUAGGACAUUGGAGGAGAUGGAGAGAUGCAAAGAAGAGCUUCACCUCCCUCAGGGAGCACAGGAGGGCCUGCUGGUCGUCUCCAAAGCCAGACUGCUCCUGCAGCCACUCGAAGAGCUGGAGCAACUCACCCAUCAACAAACCACCCUGCUGGAGAACAAGAUUAGGGAGGAGGAUCCUGGCAUCACCACAGUCUCUCCUGAAGACGUACAGCAGCUAGACAGAUCACCACAAAGUCACUCAGUCCAGGACCCAGACGAGACACUCAACGUUUCAGAUGUGCAGAGUGAGGAUAUUGCUGACAUUAAGCCACUAUCAGAAUUUAAGGCUGUUCAGAGUUUGGCUGGUCAGUUUCCCUCUGAAGUGGAGAUGAGCUCAAAAGGUGUUGAAACUGAACUUUUAUCUGUGAAGCCUGGGUUUGACACUAAAGGAUCAGAAAUUGUUGAAACUGUAUUAAUAACAUUGGAUUCCGAUGUUGGAAAAGCAUUUAGUCCUAAAACUGUGACGGCACAGUCACUCCUUGCCGCAGCUGAAGACGAGCUCGCUGCUGCUGCUGCUGCUGCUGCUGCUGCUACACUGGACCGACAUAGAUCACCUAAACAUGAAAGCCUUGUCACUUCCCCUCAUACAAAGUCCCUUCAGGCAGCUGCUGCAGUGGAAGACACAAGACUGAUUCCUACAAGACCUAUAACUCCGUUCGCUGCCACAAGAGCAUCAGAUGAGUUUAUAGAGGGAGACGAAGAUCUGUCUUUGCCCACAGCUCCACCUCAAGAUGUGGUUCAUCUUAAGUUGUUAAAGGAGCAAAGGGAAGUCAGCACCAGUCAGAGCAGUUUAGUGGAAGACUCCCAACAAGCCCAGGAGUCGUCUGAGGUGCCGAUCAGCUUGGCUACACACAAAGAAGAUGACGAGGGGCAGCUAAGGUGGAGUCAACUUUAUACCCAGAUCUCACAAAAACUGACGACUUUGAAAAAAGUUAAGGAGGAGCAUCAAACCCUGAUCAAGUCAGAAGAUGAAGGGACCCAUGAAAAGGUUACAGAAAGGGAGCUGAUAUCAACCGGAUCUGCUCCUGCUGUUCUUCAGCAGACACAUGAGUCCAUCGUCAUGCUGAGACAAAUAGUCACCUCUGUAGACUGUUCACAUUCAGGUGUGAAUCAGGAAUUGUACACGGCGAUACGGAGGGUCCUCCUCUGUCUAGAUGCUUUGACAGACCUUCUUUUGACUCCUGGUAUCGCCGGUGAAGAUGAUCCCCAGCUGAGGCUGCUACAGCAGGAGUGUGUAUCGACUGAGCUGGUGACUCUGGCUGAGCUGUUGAGUAAAGUGGAGUCAGAGACCAGACCUAAGCUCUCAAGGGAAGACCCAGAAGCUCUCCACUGUUUGACCUCCCUUCAGGAUUGUCUACACACGGUUCAGCUGGUCUUCACCUCAUCCCAGAAACGGCUCAUUGAACAUCCGGGCAUCAAAUACCAACAUCAGGAGCUCUCCUCCAACCAGCUGUGUAUUUUGGACGAGUUUGAACUGAGUCAAAGUGAGAUGUUUCCCAGCGUAAAGGAUGCUCCCAAUUUGGAGCAGUGUGUGCUGGGCAGACAUCUGAGGGAGAGUCCAGGGGAAAAAGCCAAGCUACAGCAAGCUUCCCGGUCCUUGCUUCAGGGGAUAACUCGCCUCCUGGAACUGGGUGAAGAAUGCAUAACAGAAGGGCAGAUGAGCCAGGUUCACAGCCACAGCAGACUUCAAGCUGUUCUCUGCAGACACAAGAAGCUCCGGCAGGUCCUAAGCUCUCAGAUGGCUUUUGUGCAGCAUCUGUUCCAACGCGAGCCAGAAGCAUUCAAGUGUCAGGAGGACGAGCGGGUACAGCUGGAAGUCAGAGCCAAAGCUCUACAGCAACAGGCUCUGGAACAGGAAGUGGCUUCUCAAAGGAAGAUCCAGGAGUGGACCCUAUGGGAGGAUAAUUGUGGUCGACUAGGAAGGCUGCUGGAUGAUCUUGAAGCCUUCAUUGGCAGUGGGGAACCAGAGGGAGAUGACGAGAAGUUAGCACAGCACUGGCAAGAUGCCUGCCAGCAAACAUUGGUCCAGCUGGAUGAGAGCAGAGCUGUUUUAGGACUGCUCCUGGAUCAGGGGAAGGUGCUGCAGACAGAGCCAGGGUGUGCUGCCACAGUCAGUCAUGCAGGAGGUGCCCUGGAGCUGCGAUGGCAGAGUGCCUACAGACGGACAGAGCAGGAGAUUAAACGCUGCAGAGAUAUCCUCGACAGCCGGGCCAGAUUCCAGACCGACUUUGCCUCAGUCAGUGAAUGGCUGGUUGGUGCCAGAAAACACCAGAAGACUUGGUCAAACCUAACCGACACCUCUGACCUGAACCAGGAGUGCAUUCACAACCAUCUGAUCAAGCUGCUGGACUUCUCCAUGGAGACAGAAGCGAUGUCAGUGCAGAGGGCGUCUGUAUCCAGAGAAGCCUCUAAGCUGCUCCACCUGAGAGAAGCUGAUUGUCCCGGGCUGAGGGCUCAGCUCGCCCAGCUUGAGGUCAGCUGGCUCCAGCUGACCUCGGACCUGUCCACGAUACAAGACCGGCUGCAGCAGCGGUUGCUGGCAGUAUGGCCACCGGUCCCGCUGCUGUCUGACCUGGAGGACUGGCUGAAGAAGCUGGAGGCUCGGCUGAGUCUGGAGAAAGAAACUGUCCUCAAGGCCAGAGAUGCUGCUCAGAUCACUGAAAUCCUGCAGCACUACCAGGAGCUAAAGGCAGGUAUGGUCAAUGGGCAGCUCCUUCUUGAUUUCCUGUGUCAAUCAGGACCUCGGGUGGUGGGAGUGGACGUCCAGGCUCUCCGCUCUGAACACACAAUGUUUGCAGAGAAACUUGGCGCCCUCAGACUGCAGUGGCUGGAACUUCAGAGAGAGCUGGAGAGCCAGAUUUGUGAAGCUGAACAGAUGCAUCACACUUGCGCAAACAGAGAGAGGCAGUUACAGCGUCUUCACAGUUGGAUAGAACAGCAGAAAAAGCAGCUGAAUCAGAGGAAACAGCCCACUGGUCAAACUCUGGCUCAUAAGGCUCUGCUGGAGUUGGAGACUGUUGGGGCCAGACUGAAGGAGGUGGCUGCAACUUUACAGGAGUUGAAAGCCACACGGGUGCAUCUUGAAAAGAAAGAUCACCCCAGUGAUAUCUCCUUUUCUGCCCAGACAGAGAGGGUUUGUCAUGCUUGUGGGGAUCUGAGUCAACAGAUGGAAGCUCUGAGACCAGCGCUGCAACAGACUGUGGAGGAGUGGAGAUGUUUUGAGAGAGAUCUGAGGGAGGUUUCGCUGCUCACCACUAGGGUGCGCUGUGCUCUGCAGCAUCAGCCUCUGUUCUCACUAAAGCAGGCAGAAGGAUACAUGGACCUGCUCCAGCUACUCCAGGAGAAGGCCGGAAAAGGGAAAGAGCUUUGGUCAUCCGUGGACAAAUCCUAUCAGAAUCUUGUAAAGACACUCCACCAUGAAACAGCUCAGGCACUGGUUGAUCAAAUGGAUGGAGAGCGAAAACGGUGGAAGGAUGUGGUGCAGCAGUUAAAGGAUGAGCACAUGAAGACUAGAGAGACACUUUCUCUCUGGCAGGAGUACACUCGCCUCUCUGAUCGAUGCUCCCUUCACCUGCAAAAACUGUGGCAUCAGUGGGAGGAGAUUUUGAGAUCUUCACCUCAACAGGACACACAGGCCUUGGUGCACUCAGUAGAGCAGUUGCAGGAUGCUGCUGAGGAUUUGCAAAGCAGUGUGGGAGAUAUUCUUGCGGCUUCCAAGCCUCUUAUUGGACGGCUAGAACCCACAGCCGCAUAUUUAAUCCAAUCAGAGACUAGACUGCUGUCACGUAAUGUCGUGCUGCUGAGUCAGGCAAUGUCAGGGAAAAAGAAAAGUCUUCAGGAGGAUUUGGAGCAACAGAAACUAUUUCAUACCCGACUGGAGGCCCUCGAAAUGCAGACACAGAACAUACAGCAUAAACUUAAGGCCAGCUUGAAUGACACAGACUAUGUGAAGCAGGUUCUCUUGGAGCUCAGUGGUGUGUCUGUGUCACUGGUUGACAUCAGAGAGAUGAGUGGUUAUGUGACCCUCAACAACCAUGAGACUGAGAAACUGCACAUGCUCAGCAGGCAAUGGGUUGAAAGCAUGACUUAUACGUCUGACAUGAACAGAAAGCUGCAGGCUGAGCAUCAGUGUUCCCAGAGCUUUCAGGAGAAGUGUAAAAACCUGACGUCUAUCCAGAAGAAGCUUGAGGAGGAAUCAAUGUCCAUAAAACCUCAAAGUUACUCCGCCCUCCUAGAGAUGCUGACUGUGCAUCAGAGGCUUAAGGCUGAAAUUAAUAAUGGACAGCAGGUUCUACAGGGUCUACUCUGUCAUGCAGUCGCAUCUAUGGAAAAAGAAACAAGAGAGAAAAGAUCUGAACUCAUGGCACAAGUGACCGGUGUCAGGGAGAGCUGGCUCAGCUCUGUGGCUCUGGUUGGCCAGUGCAGGUCCUCGACAAAAGAACAACUGAGCCAGUGGAGAGUCUACCAUCGUGGCUUGAAGCUGUUGUGGAAGCUGUUGAGGGACGUUGACUCCUUGUUGCCUCCCGCUGGACCUGCUCUGUGUACACUGCAUCAGCUACGGAGCUGUGCAGAUGACUACCAGUGUGUUGAGUCUGCACUUGGUCUGCACUCUGCUGUGUACACUCAGACACUGGAGGCUGGCAGACAUUUAAGUAAAACCAUGACAGAGUCAGAGUGUCAGAGCCGACUGCAGUCAGAGCUCCACGCUGUACAGGAGGCCUGGGAGCGAACCACCUUAUUGCUGGAGAGGAGACGAAACCUGGUCAACACAACUGUUCAGAAGUGGUCUCAGUGUCGGGAUGGGAUAACCGGCAUCAUGUCCAAACUGGAUGAGCUGCAAACAAGCCUAAAACAGCCGCUGCCUCAAAGUCCGCCGGAGGACGAGAAACACAUUGAGGGGACAGAGCUCUCUCUGCAGCGUUUGGCCAGUGGAUUGAAGGAAUUGGCCACCAUGAAGACAGACCUGUCCCAGUACGUCGCGGCCGGUGACUCUACUCUGCUGGAGCAGCAGCUGGAACAACUCCACGGCCAGUGGGAAGAGCUGUGUAUGAAGGUAUCCUUGCGUAGGCAGGAAAUCGCAGACCGCCUCAAUGCCUGGACCAUCUUCAACGACAAAAACAAAGAGUUCUGUGAUUGGCUGACUCAAAUGGAGAACAAGGUGUGCCACAAUGGAGAUCUGAGCAUCGAGGAAAUGGUGGAGAAACUAAAGAAGGACUGCAUGGAGGAAAUCAACCUGUUCAGUGAGAAUAAGAGCCACCUGAAGCAGCUGGGUGAGCAGCUGCUGUUAGCCAGUGACGAGGCCAAGCAGACGCAGGUCCACGGCUCACUGCUGGAGGUCAACCAGCGCUGGCACAACCUCUUCCACCACAUUGAAGCCAGGGUGAAGAAGCUGAAGGAGACUCUGGUGACGGUGCAGCAGCUGGAUAAGAAUAUGAGUAACCUCCGCUCCUGGCUCUCUCGAAUGGAGGCCGAGCUGUCCAGACCCAUCACCUACAGUGUCUGUCACCACCAGGAGAUCCAGAAGAGGCUGGCCGAGCAGCAGGAGCUGCAGAGGGACAUCGAGCAGCAUACGGAGGGCGUAGCGUCAGUACUCAGUCUGUGCGACGUUUUGCUGCGGGAUGAAGAUGCUGCUGGCAGCACUGAGGCGGAGAGCGACUCCCUGCAGGAGACCAGCCGUAGCCUGGACCAGCGCUGGAGGACUAUCUGUUCCAUGGCUCUGGACAGGAGGCUCAGGAUUGAGGAGACGUCGAGACUCUGGUGCAAGUUCCUCGAUGACUACUCGCGGUUUGAGGAUUGGCUCAAGAUGGCCGAGCGCACCGCUGCCAACCCCAACUCUGCAGACGUCCUUUAUACUGUCGCCAAGGAGGAGCUCAAGAAGUUUGAGGGUUUCCAAAGGCAGGUUCAUGAGCGGCUGACCCAGCUGGAACUGGUCAAUAACCAGUACCGCCGCCUUGCCAGGGAGAACCGCACUGACCGAGCCAGCCAGCUCAAAGCAAUGGUCCACGAAGGCAACCGGCGCUGGGACACCCUGCACCGCAGAGUGGCUGCCAUCCUCCGCAGACUCAAGUAUUUUACCAGCCAGAGGGAGGAAUUUGAAGGCACCAGAGAGAGCAUGCUGGUGUGGCUGACUGAGCUGGACCUGCAGCUCACCAACGUCGAGCACUUUUCAGAGAGUGACGUCCAUCACAAGAUACAACAGCUCAAUAGUUUCCAGAAGGAGAUCACCCUGAACACAGAGCGCAUUGACGGGCUGAUAGUGUUCGGAGAGGAUCUGAUCCAGAAGAGCUCACCGCAGGAUGCAGCGCUGAUAGAGGACGAGCUGGAGGAGCUGCACUCCUACUGCCAGGAGGUUUUCAGCAGACUGGUCCGCUUCCACCAGCGCCUCAGCCAGCCCCCGAUGAUCAAUGAAGAACCGGAGCUCUCUGGUACCACCUUUUUCUUGGAGUCAAGCUUGGAGCUGAUUGGCCGACCAUGGCUGGGGCGGAGCCAAGGAAGCCUCCCGGCCACACCUACCCACCUGCUGGCAUCUCCACUGGAGCGUUCAGGGCGGGAGACACCGGUGAGCGUGGACUCCCUGCCGCUGGAGUGGGACCACACAGGAGACGUAGGAGGGUCAUCGUCACAUGAGGAUGAUGAGGACGAGGAAGAUGAUGAGGAGGAGAGAACUUACUUCAGUGCACUAUCUGAGUUGGAGUUCACUGAGAGCCAGGAGGAAUUUGUUGAAGCCCCGGAGGCCCUACGAGCCUCCUCCCUGGUUUCAAGCAGGUCUAUGGCUGUACAUGAGUCUCCUAGAUGGCGAUCACAGGGAGAUGCAGAAACACAGUCUCUCCGGCUGGACUCAGAGGGCCAAACUGAGGCUCCACCCACCCUCACCAGCACCCCCCUAAAACAGGGCUAUUUGCGUCUCAUGUCUCAGUGCAGCGGCAGCAUCAAGGACAUUAAAAGAGUCUCGCUGAUCCUGGAUGAUGAGGAGCAGCCAGAGGAGCUCGGACUGACGGGACUGACUGCCUCAGACAAACAGUCAGGUGUGAUUGAGCGGUGGGAGCUGCUCCAGGCUCAGUCCAGGACCGACCAGCACGCCGGCCCUCAGGAGCCUCAACAACUCAUGUCUGACCUCGACAACAUCACUUCCUGGUUAGAAAACGUGAUCCCGGAGCUGGAGCGCCUCCAGCAGUCCGACCCAGCAGCCAGUAUUGAGGACAUGGCAGCCAGAGCCAAAGAACUGAAGGAAAUGCAGAAGAUGUUUACUCGCUACAAGUCUGUCAUGCUGUCUAUGAACCUGCGAGCUCAAAAAGCUCCGGAACUACAGGAGAGACUGGCGGGUAUGAAUCGAGACUGGAGCCGAGCGUGUACAGGCCUCCAGCAGUGGGACACCAGUCUGAGGAAGACGCUGAUGCGCUGCCAGGAGUUUCAUGAAACCCUCCAUUCUCUGCUGCUGUGGCUGGCCCACGCAGAGAGCAGACGCUAUGCAGUGGACAUCAGUCACCCAGAGACAGCUGUCAGAGCCCUGCAACAACACUGCCACACGCUCACAGAUCUGCAGGAGGAGCUGCAGGGCCGGCAGACUCAGCAGGCCUCCCUCCAGGCUCUGUGGUCUCAGCUCCAGCCUGAGGAGGAGGCAGAGGAGAGCAACGAGGCCCGGGAGAAACUCCACGUCACGGGCAGCAAACUGAAGCUGCUGCUGAGGCAGGUGGACCAGGACCUCAGCACCCUGCAACAGCGUCUGGAUUGUGAAUCUGCAUCAGAGAUCCAAAGUGCCUCUGCAGAUCCUUCUCAGGCCACAAAUUCCAAGAAAGGCUCCUCAACUCAAAGAGAGAAGAGGGACUCGUCUCCGCCUCGGUCCUUCUUCUACCGGGCCCUUCGCGCUGCCUUCCCUCUCCACCUCCUCCUACUGUUCCUCCUGCUCCUCCCCUGUCUGAUUCCUAUGUCGGAGAGCGACCCCAGCUGCACUGGGGCCAACAACUUCGCCUGGUCCUUCUACCCCAUGUUACGCUACACAAACGGCCCGCCGCCCACCUAAUAGAAACAUACUUGGAAAUAGAAGAAAGACAUUUGACAUUGAGAAACACAAGCCACCUUUGUUAUCACACUGAAACCAUCUGACUUUUAAAACUGAUAUGUUAAGCUGAUGAAGCGUCUGGCUUCUAAAAAGAAAAUACAAAAAAGUCCAAAGGGCAGAAAUUAUAUUUAAGUGUGUAUUUUUUAAGAUUUGAUCAUAGAGAAGAUUGUAUUUAUUCCACGAACAAAACCCACUUGAUUGCAUUUCAAUCAGGAAAAUCACUGCAUGUAAACAAAAAAUGCUGGUAUUUUUAGUUUAAUAAUGCAAAGGUCUUGAUGGCAGUCAACAAAUCAAUCACUUGAGUCUCUCAAAGAGCUCCCCUAAAGAAGUCAUACAGUAGAUGUUGUCUUGACAUUUGUGGAGUUUUCAAAGCAGCAUACAGUACAUAGCAGUGGCGCAGCAAAGAGGCGUACAGUAACAGGUAAGACAGGUUAAAUAUCCCUCAGCCACUGCAGAAGCCAGCAAACAUAUUCCACUGGAUAAUAACUGAGAGGUGGAAACCAAGUUAAGAUAAUGAAAUCACAAUAUUCUAUCUUGCUUGAACUUGUGCUAAAAGCUUAAUUUGAUGGUCUAAACAUCACCAUCUAAACAUGAUAGUGACAAUAUAGUAAAUCACUUUAUCCAAACAUAUUAUCCUUCUCAUUCACAUUUUUAUUCAGAUUUUGCUCCUGCUUUGGUCCUCGUUGUUAUUUUAUGUAUUGUUGACAUUUCAUUUUGUCUAACUUGACCCUGAAAACAAAAAGCAUGCUAGAUCUAUUUUUAUGUUAGACUGAACUCCUAAAAAGUUUAUUUUUUACAACAAAAGACACUGGUUGAAUUUGUGAAUGUAAAGGCUAACAGUAAAAAAUAAGAGCUUUUAUACACAUAAUUGUAUAUUCAUAAUUUUUUUAGAUGCUAUUUCUUGAGUAGAUAGUGAGCAGACAUUUCCAUGCCUACCAGUGCACUGUUGAAACACUGUAGAUUUAGCGGGAUGAUGUGUAUGUACAGAAUGUAAUAAUAUAAGGCUUAUUUAUAACAUCAAAUGCUGGAUUUAUGCUUCUAAUUUCCUGGUAGUAAACACUGAUUGUCUUAACUCUAUUUACCCAAAGCUUUUUUUUUCCAUUUUGCCUGAAGUCCUGAUGAUGAACAAAUGAAUACAUGAAGUAUGAAUUGACAGAAAACUUACAGUAUAUUCUUUGGUCAUUGAAAAAGCCUUUUAAAAACAUUGAAAUCAGAGAAUUACAACCAAAAAUCAGCUCAGAUGAUUUAUAGGUGAAAUUACCUCUUAAAUCCCUAAAAAUGAUAAAUUGAUUAUUUUAAUCUUUUAAAGAGUCAGAUGAGAAGAUCGAAAUGCGGAGCUAAAGCUGGGAGGCAAUUAGCUUAGUUGAUCUUAAAGACUGGAAGCAGGGGGAAA